CUUUCUACAUGUGAUUCUGUUCUCUUUCUCACUUCAAAGCAUUAAAGUGCAUCUGUUUCAUUAUUAACGCAGCAAGUACAAAAGAACGCAGGAUGAAACAUGAGCCUUCUUUUUACUAGCAAAGAAGGCUGGAUUGUAUCUCAUUUGCAGUAUCUUAAUGAUAUUUAUAAGAAAGUUUUAAAUGACUAUGAGUUCUGUACUCUGGAAUUUAACAAAAUGAUAUUCGAAAUUAAUUCACAAUAUUUGAGGCAAAAUCAAAUAGUGCAGACCGCCCAAGACAGUGCUAUUUUGUUGCAUGGUAAAAGUAAAAAGAGAAAACGUUCAAAUUUAUUGCCACAAAAGGAUUUGGAAGAAGUCCACCAUAUUAAAGAAGUAUUUAAUACAAUAAUGUCUGCUGCAAAAAUAGAAGGGCUUUUUUGUGGAAAUACAUCUUCGGAUAACAAUGAAGCAGCACGCUUGGCUUCCAAAAAAUUUUAUCUGGAUACCUAUUGCCAUAAAGACGAGAACUUGUAUGGGUCCAAUGAAACAAAUGAUGCUAUCGUAACUGAGGUCCAUGAUAAGAAAUAUGUAUUCCCAAAGGAAUGUACAUUUUAUUGUUAUGACGUAGGAGACAUAGAAAAGAAGAUGGAGCUGAAUAAACAGUACGAUUUCAUACUGUUGGAUCCGCCUUGGUGGAACAAGUCAAUCAGAAGAAAAAAGAUGAAAUAUGCUGAAGCUAGCUACAAAAUGAUGUACAAUGAAGAAUUGGCCAAAAUACCAGUGGGUAAACUAUUGCAUUCUAAUGGUAUUGUGGCUGUAUGGUGUACCAACGCAUCUAGUCACUUGAAUAGUAUCUCCAAUGAGAUGUUCCCAUCUUGGGGUGUUACUUACAGAGCCAAGUGGUAUUGGAUCAAGGUAACACAGGCGGGGGAUACGAUAUGUAAUUUUAACUUAGCGCCUGGAAAGCAACCUUAUGAAUUAUUGAUACUAGGAUCUGCGUUAAAAGAGGACAGACUGAAUAUUCCUGAUGGCAAAUUAGUAGUCAGUGUACCUAGUGCAGUCCAUUCUCACAAGCCACCAGUGACAGAAAUUAUAAAGGAGUACCUCCCAAAUGAGCCAAAGUGUCUGGAAAUUUUUGCGAGAUAUUUGCUGCCCGGAUGGACUAGUUGGGGUCUGGAGAUCUUAAAGUUUCAGCAUCUGUCACUCUAUCAAAUUCUGGAUGAGAAUAAGAAAGUUGAGGAAAACAAUACUGACAAUAUAAAAAGCGAGACUGAGAGCAGAAAUUAAAUGUGAGAGUGUAAGAGACAAGCUGAGAGGCAUAGAUCAUAAAUAGGUUGUAAAUUUUUAGCCUGAGAUGCUCCUUGUGCAAAGCGUUCAAUGCUGCCACGUGACCAGCCGCCAAAUCCAUAACGUGAAUGUAAUCACGGAUGCCUGAGACGGGAGGAGAACGAGGUGAAAUUAUUACGAUAAUCCCCACCGAAUAUAACCAGUUCCGGUUUGUGCCUUAAAGCGACUUGAGCGAUAUACGGCAUCAGAUUUGUGAAUGGCUUCGUCGGAUCCUCCCCGAUUAAUCCGCUACUGUGAGCACCCACCGGGUUGAAAUAUCUUAGCGAUAUGAUGUUCCAACUCUGUCAAAAAACCAAAGAAGUUUUUAAUAAAAGAAAGAGAAGCGGAAGAAAUGCAGUAUACAAAAUUUUUGUUU